UGCCUAUGUAAUAAUACCCCCGCAAACUCAGUGCAUUAACACCAGUUGGGAAAUCUUGUUAGCUUGCCACAUUCUCAAACUAAUAUGGCUGACAAGAGUGGUCCGGGGGCUCGUCGCGUUGCUCUCAAUGAGAGGAUUCUUUCCUCUAUGUCAAGGAGAUCAGUUGCUGCUCAUCCUUGGCAUGAUUUGGAAAUUGGGCCAGGAGCACCAGCAGUAUUCAAUUGUGUGAUUGAAAUUGGAAAAGGUAGCAAAGUAAAAUAUGAGCUUGACAAAACCAGUGGCCUUAUCAAAGUCGAUAGAGUUCUUUACUCAUCCGUUGUAUAUCCACACAACUAUGGCUUUGUCCCACGAACCCUUUGUGAAGACAACGACCCCAUCGAUGUUUUGGUGCUGAUGCAGGAGCCUGUUCUUCCUGGUACUUACCUCCGUGCUCGUGCCAUUGGAUUGAUGCCUAUGAUAGAUCAGGGCGAGAGGGACGACAAAAUCAUUGCAGUAUGUGCGGACGACCCUGAGUUCCGGCAUUAUCAGGACAUCAACGAGCUCCCCCCUCACCGUCUAGCUGAAAUACGGCGCUUCUUCGAGGACUAUAAAAAGAAUGAGAACAAGUCAGUUGCAGUGGAAGACUUCCUCCCUGCUGAAACAGCAAUUGAUGCUAUCAAAUACUCAAUGGAUCUUUAUGCCUCCUACAUCGUGGAGAACUUGAGGCAGUGAUUGGCUUAAAUCGCCCAACUCUUUUAAUUUUAUAUGAUUAUAGUAUCAUGUAAUCUAAUUGUUGAACUUAAUUAUGCUUCAUGCAAGGAGAAAACUAUUUGUAUUCCAUCCCUUUUCUAAAUAAAGUCAACAGCUACACUUUCUCUAACAA